CAUUCAACUGAUCAGUACUUGCUACAGUCACCAACCACAUGUAAACUUCACUUAGAAGUAAUGUAUAGCUGUUUGUGUUUAAGGCUUACCUCUCAAGGUUAUAGGAGUCAGGUUUUCCAUCAAGCCUUUUUUUUGUUCACUACAGCCCGUAGAAACUGUUCCAGAUUCCUUUACUAUCACAAAUACAACUGCUCACCUAUUUGGGACCUUCUGAGUCCCACCUAGAGCAAUCUCUAGCGUGUUUCCUGGUUGGUGGUUUGUUGUGAUGAAAUCACAAACUGAAAGUUACAAUUGCCCUAAGACACAAAACCUUACAAAAGACUAGAGCCAAGCAUUUAACCCUUCUGAUGUAAAUGCUUGAAGCAGGAGGAACUGACUCAAACUUCAGGAAGUAACUGUGAGGACAGGGUGGCAGGAAAUGACAGAAAACUUGAAUACGGAACUGAAGCAGCUGCUCAGAGGGAGUUUUUUUGCUCUAAAGUAGCAGCCGGAGAGGGUGCUGGGUGUGGACGUGACAAGCUGAGAACUUCAACGCUUACGUUAGCAGAGAUGUGGAAGUCUGUAGUGGGGCAUGAUGUAUCUGUUUCUGUGGAGACGCAGGGUGAUGACUGGGACACAGACCCUGACUUUGUGAAUGACAUCUCUGAGAAGGAGCAACGGUGGGGAGCCAAAACCAUUGAAGGUUCUGGACGUACAGAGCACAUCAACAUCCACCAGCUGAGGAGCAAAGUAUCAGAGGAGCAUGAUGUUCUCAAGAAGAAAGAGAUGGAAUCUGGGCCCAAAGCAUCCCAUGGUUAUGGAGGUCGGUUUGGAGUGGAAAAAGACAGAAUGGAUAAGAGCGCUGUGGGCCAUGAGUAUGUUGCUGAGGUGGAGAAACACUCCUCCCAAACUGAUGCUGCCAAAGGCUUUGGGGGCAAAUACGGAGUCGAGAGGGACAGAGCAGACAAGUCAGCAGUGGGCUUUGAUUAUAAGGGAGAAGUGGAGAAACACACAUCUCAAAAAGAUUACUCUCAUGGUUUCGGUGGCCGAUAUGGAGUGGAGAAGGAUAAACGAGACAAGGCAGCUCUGGGAUAUGACUACAAAGGAGAGACAGAGAAACAUGAGUCUCAGACAGAUUAUGCCAAAGGCUUUGGUGGCCAGUACGGAAUCCAGAAAGACCGAGUAGAUAAGAGCGCUGUGGGCUUCAGUGAAAUGGAGGCCCCAACCACAGCUUAUAAGAAGACAACACCCAUAGAGGCUGCUUCCAGUGGUGCCCGGGGGCUGAAGGCAAAAUUUGAGUCCAUGGCUGAGGAGAAAAGGAAGCGAGAAGAGGAGGAGAAGGCCCAGCAGAUGUCCAGGCAGCAACAGGAGCGGAAGGCGGUAAAGAUAAGCCGUGAGGCUCAGCAGUUGGAGAAGCCUGUGGAAGAGCCAGUUGCAUCUGCCCCAUUGCCCAAGAAAAUCUCCUCAGAGGUCUGGCCCCCAGCGGAGAGUCAUCCACUGCCAGAACCUGAACCUGUGAGAACCAGCAGGAAAUGCCCAGUGCCUCCCCUGCCCACCAGGCAGAAUCCCCCAGAGGAUACUGAAGAGCCUCCAGAACUGCCCCCCAGGACACCAGAAGUCUUCCAGCUGGAGGAAGAGCCAGUGUAUGAAGCAGCACCAGAGCCUGAGAAUGACUAUGAGGACGUGGAGGAGGUACAGAGGCAGGAGCCAGAUGAUGAAUUAGAGGGGGACUAUGAGGAUGUGCUGGAGCCUGAGAACUCCUCUUUCCCCUCUGCUCAGGCAGGAUCAUCAGGCAGCCCAGCAGGGGCCAGGGACAGUGGGACCUCCGCUGUGGCCUUGUAUGACUACCAAGGAGAGGGAAGUGACGAGCUGUCAUUCGAUCCAGAUGACAUCAUCACUGACAUUGAGAUGGUGGACGAGGGCUGGUGGCGUGGACGCUGCGGUGGACACUUUGGACUCUUCCCUGCAAAUUAUGUCAAGCUUCUCUAGUGACUGGCCAUCCCUGUCUACUAAGGCAGUGGCUUCUCCUGGACGGGAGGUGACAGUAGCUUGGUCACCAUCCCUUCCUAUUCCUACUGCAGAAAUGGCUACCAGGAUGUCAUCUGUCACUCAAGGGUCAGAACAGGCUUCCUUCUCCCAUUUUAAGGGCUCAGGUGGAGACAGAUGAAGGAAGAGGGUCUCCUCCCCCUCAGUAUCUUCUCUACCCAGCAUAAGCUCAUGGAUGUUUAUCUUGUGGUCUUGCCACUUUCCCUAAGUAUCAUCCUCCAACACCCCAAGUCUCUUUUCCUUCUGUGUGAGCUCUGAACUCUAGGUGUGCUUACCAGGGAAGGUAGAUUGCCUGGCUUGCCUAGUUGUGCUUUGUCCAUUUUUUCUUCCCUGAAGAGAUAUUUCUGAACUCUUCUGUAUUCAGUUCAAAAACUGGAAAUAAAGUGGAAGUAUGGUUCA